AUGUACCCUGUAGCUUAUGCAGUGGUAGAGACAGAAUCAACAAGUAGUUGGACCUGGUUUUUGGAACUGUUAGGAGAAGAUUUGGAUCUGGGAGAAAAUUCAAACUUUACAUUCAUUUCUGAUAGACAAAAGGGAAUAAUACCAGCAAUUGAGAAGGUAUUCCCCAAUGCAGAACACAGGUUCUGUUUGAGGUAUAUCCAGGAAAAUAUGAAGACACAGUGGAAAGGAAAAGACUUAAGUGACCAGCUAUGGGAGUGUGUUAGAGCAACAACAGACAAUCACUUUAACAGAGCAAUGGAUGAGUUGAAGAAGAUCAAUGAAGAGGCUCAUGCUUGGCUAGAUGAAGGUAGGGAUAAACCUAUUAUCACUUGCUUAGAGUAUAUUAGAGAGUAUCUCAUGAAGAGGUUAUGUGUGGUGCAAAAGGUAAUAGAUAUGUGUGAAGAUAUUCUAACCCUCACUGCAACUACAGUGUUUGAAAAGAUUAAGACGGAUGCAGCUAAGUAUGUGGCUAGAUACAAUGGGACAGAAAAGUACCAACUGGCAAGCACAUGUCAAGAUCAGUAUGUGGUAAACUUGAAUGACCAAAGUUGUAGUUGUAGGUUUAGGGAGAUUAUAGGUUUCCCAUGUAGACAUGAUGUUUGUGUUAUAUGGGACAAAAUUGAAAAUUGUGAAAAUGCCCCACAUGUUGAUGAAUGGGUCCAUCCUUGCUAUAGGUUAUCAACAUGGAAAGCCAUGUAUUUCAACAAAUUUGAUCCAUUGAAUGGACGUUCAAUGUGGCCUAAAAGUGACUGCCCAUUCACUUUACUUCCAACAAAACAUAAAACACAGGUUGGGAGGCCUAAAAAGAAGAGGAUGAGGGGUGUUGAUGAGCCAAACAGCCAAGUUGCUAAAUUGAGCAGGAAGUAUCUGGUAAUCACUUGUUCAAAGUGUCAUAACAAAGGGAACAAUUCAAGAACAUGUAAAGGGCAGGGAGGCAGUGGUGAAGUUGGAGGGGGCUGA